AUGCAGGGCACCACGUAUCUCCGAACUGGGUUCCAAUUAGAAAUUGGAAAACUUGCCGCAAAGUUUUCACGUCAACCAGCACUCCGCCCGUGGUCCGCCGUGUGGAUCAACCGAUCAACGCAGGCCAGAGCCAGAGGAUAUCGGACAAGCGCACAGCUGCAAACGUUCUGGACGUCAUCUCUAUCAGGCAAGUUAGCAAAAAUGCUGACCAAGGCGGCAGUGGUGUCCGUCCUGAUCUUCCUCCUCACCGCUGCCCGGCAUGGUUCCUCCUCCCGGAGCUACAACGCGAUAUACAACUUCGGGGACUCCAUCUCCGACACCGGCAACCUCUGCACCGGAGGCUGCCCGUCGUGGCUCACCAACGGCCAGCCGCCGUACGGCGACACCUACUUCGGCCGCCCGACCGGACGCUGCUCCGAUGGCCGGGUCUUAGUCGAUUUCUUAGCUGAGUUCUUCGGUCUGCCCCUGCUCCCGCCGUCCAAGGCGAACGGCACCGACUUCAAGAAAGGCGCGAACAUGGCCAUCAUCGGCGCCACCAGCAUGAACUUGGACUUCUUCCAGUCUCGCGGCCUAGGCAGCAGGAUAUGGAACAACGGCGCCCUGGACACCCAAAUCCAGUGGUUUCGGCAGUUCCUGCCUUCCAUCUGCGGCAGCGCCGCUGAUUGCAAGAGCUACCUGAACGGCUCUCUGUUCAUCUUGGGCGAGUUCGGGGGCAACGACUACAACGCCCCGAUCUUCGGCGGCAAGGGCGUCGACGAGGCCAUCAGCUACGUGCCGCAAAUCAUCGACAAGAUCACAGGCGGUGUAGAGACGCUGAUCGGGCUGGGCGCCGUGGAGGUGGUGGUGCCGGGCGUGCUGCCGAUCGGGUGCUUCCCUCUGUACCUGACACUGUACGGGAGCUCCAACCAGAGCGACUACGACGGGGACGGCUGCCUGAAGCGCUUCAACGACCUGUCCAUCUACCAUAACCAGCUGCUCAGGCAGGGGAUCUGCGACCUCCAGAGCAAGCACACCGGCGUCAGGCUCAUGUACGGUGACUUCUACUCGCAGGUCACGGAGAUGGUCCGCUCUCCGGUGAGCUUCGGAUUGAAAUACGGCCUGAAAGUUUGCUGCGGCGCGAGCGGGGAAGGGUCCUACAACUACAACAACCAGGCGAGGUGUGGCAUGUCCGGCUCAAGUGCCUGUGGGGAUCCCGAGAACUACUUGAACUGGGACGGCAUUCACUUGACCGAGGCUGCCUACCGUUCGAUCGCGUAUGGGUGGCUCACGGGCCCCUACUGCACGCCUGCCAUUCUGCAUUGA